AUGUUCUCUUUUACCCUCGUCGCCGCAGCCCUUGUGGCUUACGCCCACACCAACCCCAUCGAAGCCUCCGCUUUGGACGUGACAACCGCGGCCUCCUUCCCGCGGCACGACCUCACCUCCCCCCUCGGGCCCCGCCCCACGUCCGCACAAAACGGCACGCUCCCCGCAGCCUCCUUCCAGGGCCCGUCCACCGAGGUCGCGGACGCGAUCUUCCCGGCAGUGCUGCUGCUCUGCUCGUCGUUCAACUGCGCGAACUGCCUGUCAUACAACCUGCAGACGACGACCGUAGACACCUGCCUCGCCACGAGCGCGUUCUCGAGCGUGUCGAUCAGCCAACCGAGCAACCAGGGCCUGCCGUUCGCGGUGUACGUGGGCCCGUCAGGGUGCACCAACUUCGCGAAGAUCCCGGUGGUGAACACGUGCUUCAACUUGGUCGGGGGGUCGUUCUCGAACUUCCUGGUGCUCAAUUGA